GUUUUUCAACUUGAUCAUCUCUUAACGCUAUUCACCGAAAAAACAAAAAUUACACCAAACCCCAGAAAUUAAGAAGAAAAAUAAAAAAAACUUUUACUUUCUUCCUCCUCUCUCUCUCUUUCUCUCUGGAUUCUCUUCAAGAGCUCAGGCCAUUAGGGUUUAUCUAAGCUCCAAAUUCACUCCGAUUUUUAGAGUUUCUCAGCUACAUUAGCUCUUUUCUGGGUAACUGUGAUUGUUGCAGGAUCUUUAAGAACAGAUCACAGAAGAUGAAUACCUCUGCGCCACUUUGAUUUUAUCUUCAGAUACUGUAGAAACGCUGCUGCAAUGGGAUCGUUUGCAGGUUCCUGCGAAAUUGUGGAAGAGAAAGACGAAGCAACAUUGGCGAAACAUUCAGGGAGAUAUGGCAAAUCUGUUUUGGGAUCAUCAAGCAAAGAUUUGGAGCGGAAGCAGCGAGAGUAUCAUGGCUCUCUUGAGUAUGACAUUGACAAGCUUUUUCAGUCUAUCUCUGUGAAACCAUCGACGAGGCUAAUGAGCUCUUCUUUCCAUAACCACGAGACGAGCGCGAGUGCAGGGCCAAGCAGGACCACGAGCCCUUCGAAGAGAGUCGCAAUGAAGAAACCAGGGACACCUCAAUCGCCUAGAGUAUUCGGACUCUCUGAUUCGGUUUCCUUGAAGCAGGCUCUGAGGGAUCGUUGCAUCUCCAAGGCGUCGGAAAUGGCUGCUCAGAAACGGUUGUCGAAAUCCGCAGCUGCGUCUCCGAGGGUGUCAGAAGCAGACAGGAUCAAGAGUUUGUAUAACCAGGUUUCGAAUGAAUCUAGUAGCAGGUCUGGGUUUGUUCCUGUGGACAAGGGUAAAGGAAGCUUGGUUGCUACUGAUGUAUCUUUGAUGCCUGUAAACGAUAAACCAAGCUCUUCGAGGAGUGUGCCUGAGCGGUUUGAAGAGCCUUCUAACCCGGUUUCUGAGUCAUCUCAAGCUGGAAACCAAAUGCUGGAGAUGAAGAUGUUGCAUAAACCCAACAAAUCUGGGUCUUGUCUUAGUUCCGGCAGUGGAGAUUAUGAGAUAGAGUUAGAUGAAAAUGUUGUCUCUCCGUCGUUUGUUGAAGAUGAUGUGAAAGAAAUAGACAAACAUGUUACCUCACUGCCUUCUGAGUCUAGCGAGAAAGAUGUUGCGACGGAGCUUGAAAAGAAGAUUCUCUCAUCGACUCUGGAUAUGGAGGAGAAAGGGAAGCUGGACAACGCACCUAGCUCAGGAACAGUGAAGAGCAAAACGGUACGCAAGGUAACAAGAAUGAUUCCUCGUCCCAGACAGCAGCCGAAAAAGAAGAUUUUGCUUAAGAAGAAGUUAAAAAUUGGGAUCGUUUCUGCAGCCAACACAACAACAAAGGAUGAAGAAACUGGUAUUUCUUUAGAUUCUAGUGCAAAUGAUAAGCUUCUCUGCCAGAGAUGUCACUGUACGUUGAAGAGCAACAGCAUAGAUACUACUAGUCAUAAACCUGAGAUUUGCUCAGACAGUUUGAGCUCUAUUUCAAAUAACUUUGGUAAAGAAGCUCAUCAAGUAUCCGCUGAUGAGAACUCCUCUGGUUCUUGUAAUGUUAGUCAAAGCUCCGAAGCUGAGAUUGUAGUCAUGAAACAAGGUGUUUCCUCGAGCAAUGACAGUGGAAACGGGGCAAGGGGUGAAAAGGAAACAGAGAACCCAACUUCAAGUGAGAAAUUCGAGUUCUCCUUGAGUUCAAAAGAUAGUCUUGGGGAAUAUAGCAGGAGCACAAGCAUGAGUGAGGAGAGCAAUCUGAGCAGGUUCAGCUGUGGGAACAAGCCUCACAUGUCGAUGGAUGUGAGAUGGGAAGCGAUUAAGCAUGUGAAGCUGCAAUACGGAUCUUUGGGAUUACGACACUUUAACCUUUUGAAGAAACUCGGCUGUGGAGACAUAGGAACAGUUUAUCUAGCUGAGCUGAUUGGUACAAACUGCUUGUUUGCCAUAAAGGUCAUGGACAACGAGUUCUUGGCAAGAAGGAAAAAGAGUCCAAGGGCACAAGCGGAACGUGAAAUACUCAAAAUGCUGGACCAUCCGUUUCUUCCUACGUUAUACUCGCAGUUCACUUCGGAUAACUUGUCUUGUCUAGUCAUGGAGUAUUGUCCUGGAGGAGAUCUUCAUGUGCUUAGACAGAAACAGCUAGGCCGAUGUUUCCCUGAAACUGCAGCAAGGUUCUAUGUUGCUGAGAUUCUCCUUGCGUUGGAGUACUUACACAUGCUUGGUGUUAUAUACCGAGACUUGAAACCGGAGAACAUUCUAGUCCGUGAAGAUGGACACAUCAUGCUUACGGAUUUCGACCUCUCGCUCCGAUGUGCAGUGAAUCCGACUCUUCUCAGGUCAACUUCUCCGCCAGGGAAAGAUCCUGCGAGGGUUUCAGGUCCAUACAACACAUCAAACUGCAUACAACCGUUCUGUAUCAUCGAACCAUCUUGCCAGGUUUCUUGUUUCAGCCCUAGGCUCUCCUCAAACCAACAACAACAAGGUCGAAAACCGAAAAAGAACGAUCAUCUUUCGCAAAAGCAGCAACAGUUGAAGAGAUCAUUGCCUCAGCUCGUGGCUGAACCAACGGAAGCAAGAUCCAAUUCCUUUGUGGGAACACACGAGUACUUAGCUCCAGAGAUCAUCAAAGGAGAAGGACACGGCGCUGCUGUUGACUGGUGGACUUUCGGGGUUCUACUCUACGAGCUUCUUUACGGGAAAACACCAUUCAAAGGUUACAACAACGACGAGACUUUGGCCAAUGUUGUGUUGCAGAACCUCAAGUUUCCAGAUAGCCCGCUCGUGAGCUUCCAGGCGAAGGAUUUGAUCAGAGGGCUUCUGGUUAAGGAACCGGAGAACCGGCUCGGGUCAGAGAAAGGAUCUGCGGAGAUCAAAAGACAUCCUUUCUUUGAAGGGUUGAAUUGGGCUCUGAUCCGGUGCGCGAUACCGCCUGAGCUGCCGGAUUUCUAUGAGUUUGGCGGUGGACCGGAGGCGGCGGGUUCACCUGGAGGCAAUGAUGAUAGGUACCUUGAAUGCAAAGCCAUUGGCGAUCAUCUCGAGUUCGAGUUGUUUUAAGCACAAGCCGAGAAAAACUUCUGGCAGAAAAGUAUUCAAAGUAAAAAGACUUUGUUAGUAAUUUAUCAUAAUCUUCUUAAGUUCUUAAGUCUAAUAUGUAAAUUUAGCCGCCUCUUAGACAUAAUCAUAUAUAAUUCACGGUGAAAAUUUUAGUUUUUAUAUAUUCGCAUUUUUACUUCAAAUUACAGGGAAGGUUUAGCAUCAUGUCGGAGUUCAAUGCUAGGCUAUAAUAUUCAUAGUUUAGGUUUUAAUCACUCAAAACUAUAAUUUGCUAUAUUUAUAUAUACACAUAUGUUCCAACAAAGAUUUUGAGCAUUUUCCCGAUCUCCGAAUCUGCAACAAUGAACAUAUUCUUCAACACUGUUUAAUUUAUUUUUCAACGAAAUCAGAUAAAAAUAUAUGCAACAUCUCCGAAAAAAAUAUAUUUUGGAUUAGUCUUUUUCGCCCAGAUUCUUCAAGAGUUUGAGUUGUGUUGCAAAGAAUUGCAGAGAACAAUCGAAGAGCCAAAACCCAGAAGAUGAAAUCGAUUUCUGGAAAUUUUUGAGAAAAAAAAAUAUGGACCAUUUCUCGAUUUGUGCGUGUCAUCCUUGCGCAGGGGCCAUGCUAAUCUUCUCUGUAUCGUUCCAAUUUUAUCG